AUGGCCUCAUCCCCAAAUAAGCUGCCCGAAUCAUACGCUUCGUUCAAGUACGAUGGCCUACUCGUCUCCCAUGUCCCAGCGAGCUCCUCAUCCGUUACAAAGGUCAUCAUGGUCACCCUCAACCGGCCCAAAAAGUACAACGCCAUGAAGGGAGACAUGUUCACCGGCCUCGAGGUGAUCUUCAACACCGUCAGCGAGGACCCGCGGGUCCGCGCGGUCGUCAUCACGGGGGCAGGCAAGGCGUUCUCCGGAGGGGCGGACCUGGAUGUUGGGUUUAUGGGUAUGAUGGCCCUCAAGGAGACGGAGGAAUCGAUGAGGGAUUUUAGGGAUUGGGGUGGACGCGUCGCGCUGGCAAUCUCAAACUGCAAGAAACCCACCAUCGCCGCCGUCAACGGCCCCGCCGCCGGCGUCGGUCUGACCAUGAUCCUCCCGGCCACGAUCCGGGUAGCCUACGAGGGCGCGCGGUGCGGCUUCCCCUUCUCCCGGCGCGGUCUCGUCCUCGAAUCCUGCAGCGCCUUCUUCCUCCCGCGCCUCAUAGGCCUCUCGCGCGCCAACCACGUCGUCGCGACGGGGGACAUGUACCCCGUCACGGAUCCGCUUGUCAGCGGGCUGUUUUCAAAGUUUUUGCCCUCGCCGGGGGAGACGGUGGAGUACGCGGUGAGGUUGGCGGAGGAUCUGGCGGAGAAUACGUCGUUGGUGAGUGGUAAGUUGAUGAGGGAUAUGAUGGUGUAUUGUCCGGCUUCGCCUGAGGGGGCGCACGUGUUGGAUUCGAGGGUGUUUGUGCAGCUUGCUGGGACGGAGGACAAUGUUGAGGGGGUGAAGAGUUUCUUGGAGAGGAGGAAGCCUGAGUUUACGGCGUCUGUUGAUCGGGAGAGUGUUCCGUUCUGGCCAUGGUGGGAUAGGGAUGAUGGGCGGUUUGUGAGGCAGUUGCAGAAGGCUGCUAAGCUUUGA